CUGCUUUCGUAGAGGAGCAGAAGGAAGCAAGAUGGCUGCCCUGUAGGAUUUGUUAGAAAGGAGACCCGGCUGCGACGGCGGCGGACUGCGAGGCUGAGGGACCAGAACCAGGCUGGUAAACAUUCAGCAGCUUACCCUCCCAAGACUCUCCAUGUCCCUUGUUCCUGUUCCGCUGCGGUGCUUGGAAGCAGGAGAUGGGCUCACACACGGUCAACAGGACAUGAUCCAGGAGGAGCAGUGAGGGACAGCGCUGCUGGAUUCAUUCAAAGGGCAGCCUCGUGGAUGGCCCCGAAGCAAGCCUGAUGGAACAGGACAGAACCACCCAUUCUGAGGGCAGCACACUGAGUCCAUUCCUGAUACCACCGCCUUCUCCCAUCUGCCCGACAGAACCUCAACUCCAGAAUGGAAGCCCAUUAGCAGAGAGACUUCAUCCAGAAGAAGUGAAUGGAGACACCAAGUGGCAGUCUUUCGAAAGCUAUUAUGGAAUACCCCACAGGAAAGGCAGCCAGAGCAGUCGUGAGAGUCCAGACUUUAUACACGAAGGCAGAGGGUAUUCCGGGUGCUUGCAAAACGGAGGGAUAAAACGUACAGUCAGUGAACCAUCUCUCUCUGGGCUCCAUCUGAACAAGAAAUCAAAAUUAGACCAAAAAGUUGAGGGAGAAGGUAAUUGCUUCGGGGAAAGCCGAGAAGGACACCCAGGUGAAAGCAGCCGUCAGCCAAAUGUCUCCAGUCGGAGCGAGAACAGAGAGGCUGUGCCCUCUCUGACCCAGGAUAGAGCAGGUGCAGCCAUUGAUGGUUUUCCGACUCAUAACUGCAAUGGAUUGGACAACAGAGAUUUUCGGGCUCUCAAGGAGCAGGAAGGGGAAAAUGGCAGGAACGUUUUACUACUUACAAACAAGGCUGUGCUAAUGCCUAAUGGUGCUACAGUUUCUGCCCCUUCCGUGGAAAACACGCAUGGUGAACUCCUGGAAAACACACCAUCUCUGUGCUGCCCAGAUCACGUUCCCAUGGCAGUACAGAAUACCACAUCUCAUGUGAACGACCUGAACAGUCGGGCUACUAAUGAGUUGUCUUGUGAGAUCACUCAACCAUCGCAUACCUCAGAGCAGAUCAAUUCCCCACAGACCUCAAGCUCCCGGCUGCCUCCCGAGCUAGCUGCCAUGGUGCCUGAGGCCUGUGAUGCUGAUAAUGCCAGCAAAGCAGCUGGAGUGCUAGGUACCUGUCCUUUCCAGAAACACCAACAAAAUACAGUUUCGGAGAUAUGCCCAUCUCCUGCCGAAAACGUAAACCCGCGGGGAAACGUGAAGCUCUUUGCUAAAGAAUCCUGUUCCGGUUCUAGCAGUGACAUACAAGGUUCCCAUGGCAGCUCUGAACAGUAUUCAAAGCAGAAGGAAAUCAAUGGUGCUUACUUCAGGCAAAGCUCAGUGUUCACUAAAGAUUCCAUUUCUGCCACUACCAUGACUCCACCAUCACAAUUGCUUCUUUCUCCCCCUCCUGUUCUUCAGCCUUCCUCAGAAGGAAAAAGCACUCUGGGUGAUGGGGCUUUGGAAGAACAACAGCACUUAGGUAACACAUCUCUCUUAGGGGAAGGGAAAAUAGAACAUCAACCUAAGGCGGCAUCGUCUGGCCAGAGUCUGAAUCCAUCUGUUCAUACAUCCAACCCCUCGCUGAUGCUUCCGGAAGGGCAUCAGAAUAACUGCAUCUCCGUGUGCUCUGAACAAACCAGAACCAUGUCUGAAUAUCUCAAGUAUUACCCACCAAAUCAUGGCUGCGGUGGAGAUUUACAAGCGCACAGCCUGCAUCUGAUGGGACGCAGGGAACAAGAGAUGAUGAAGGAUGAAAACAGGGAACAAACACAAGACUCAAUGCUGGCGGCCCAGCACUAUCUAAAACCUGGAUGGAUUGAACUGAAGACCUCUCGUUUCCGGGAAGCACAGCAUCAGCCCAGAUGUAAGGAUGCGAUGUUUCAGUCGGUCCUUCGCUAUCAGGGUGGCCCUUCCAAUCAGAUGCCCUCCACACAGUGCACUGGAAAUACGAACAUGCCGGGAGGAUUCCAAAGGCUACCCUACAUGCAGAAAACAGCUCAGCCGGAGCAGAAGUCACAAAUGUACCAAGCGGAGACGAAUCAAGGACACUCUGCUGGUAUGAGGGACCAACAUCUACAGUUCCAGCAAACUUCGUACCAGGAGUGCCUCUCCAAGGCAGACACCGCUCCUGGUGCUCACGUUCCAAGUGCUCCUCAUUUUCAUUUCCAGCAGACAGUGAAUCCCCCCACUAAUAAGCACUUGAAUCAACAGGCCACAGAGACCGAACCGUUUUCAAACUUUUUACAGCAUAAGCCUCAUAAGCAGGGAGCACCAAUACGAGCAUCCCAGGACUCAAGUUUCCCUCAAAACUGCCAGCAGCAGCAAUCACAGAGGACGAAUAAAGAACAAAUGCCUGAGACUUUCUCUCAUCUCCAAGGCAGCCAUGAUAAGCUAAGGGAAGGGUCCUGCUCUGGCCAGAUUAAGGUGGAAGAAUGCUAUAGUGGUGAAAACCAGUAUUCAAAAUCAAGCAGUUUCCAAGCUCACAAUACCCAGGGGGGGUUGGAGCAAGUACAGAAUGUGAGUAGUAAGAUGUUAAAAUCAAACACAAACAAAUUACAGGUUCCCUGUUCAGAUGAUACACACCCCAUUCCUGAGAAUCGAGAGCAAACUCUACACCCUGAACUCUUUGCAGGAAAUAAGACCCCACACCUGCAAAACAUGCAAUAUUUCCCAAAUGAUGUGACGCCAAAUCAGGACAUUCAUCGUAGGUGCUUUCCAGAACAUGAACAGAAGCCUCAACCAGCUCCUGCUCUGCAGGAAUUCACAAGCAGAAGCCAGGAUGCAUUUUCUGGGCAGCAGGCAGCAAAACUAGCUGAAGUAGCUCAGCAAAGGUACUUGGUGCAUAAUCAGGCAAAGGCACUCCCUGUGCCCAAGCCAGGAGGAACUCAAACACAGACCCCUCCUCAGAGGGACAUUCAGAAGCAUGCUGCCCUAAGGUGGCUCCUCCUACAAAAGCAAGAGCAGCAGCAAACACAGCAAUCCCAGGCUGACUCUUGUCAUAAUCAGACACACAGGCCAGUCAAGACAGAGCCUGGAUCCAAACCCUCUUCCUGUAAACGCUCCAUGUUGGCACCCCAAGAAAAAAUGCCCAAAAAGAUAAAGCAAGAGAUUCCUCCACUAAGCUGUGAAGAUGGGCAACCUAAGAGCAUCAUUGAGACCAUGGAGCAGCAUCUGAAGCAGUUUCAGCUCAACUCAUUCUUUAACCAUAAGUCCCUGGCUCUGACUCUCAAGUCACAGAAGCAAAUGAGAGUGGAGACAUCUGGCCCCAUCACAGUUGUGUCUACAAAGACCCAUGCUGCAGAGUCGGAGAGCCACACCCCAGCUGCAGAAAAGACACCAACCAAAAGAACAGCUGGCUCUGCACUCAACAAUUUUUUAGACUCACCUUCCAAAUUACUAAAUCUUCCUGUAAGAAAUUUAUUGGAUACUCCUAUCAAGACUCAAUAUGAUUUCCCAUCGUGCAGAUGUGUAGAACAAGUUAUUGAAAAAGAUGAAGGUCCUUUUUAUACCCAUCUAGGAGCUGGUCCUAAUGUGGCAGCUAUUAGAACAAUCAUGGAAGAAAGGUUUGGAGAGAAGGGUAAAGCUAUUAGGAUUGAGAAAGUCAUCUAUACUGGUAAAGAAGGCAAAAGUUCUCAGGGAUGUCCUAUUGCUAAGUGGGUGAUUCGAAGAGAGAACCUUGAGGAGAAACUACUGUGUUUGGUCCGAGAGCGAGCUGGCCACAGCUGUGAUGUUGCGGUGAUUGUGAUUCUCAUCAUGAUCUGGGAAGGAAUCCCAAGGACUCUGGCUGACCAGCUCUACUCGGAUCUUAAAGAGACUCUGAGUAAAUACGGUGCCCACACUAAUCGUCGUUGUGCCCUGAAUGAAGAGAGAACCUGUGCUUGUCAGGGCUUGGAUCCAGAAACCUGUGGUGCCUCCUUUUCUUUUGGUUGUUCUUGGAGCAUGUACUAUAAUGGAUGUAAGUAUGCCAGAAGCAAGAUCCCAAGGAAAUUUAAGCUACUUGGAGAUGAUCCAAAAGAGGAAGAGAAACUAGAAUCUCAUUUGCAAAACCUGUCUACUCUAAUUGCUCCAAUAUACAAGAAAUUUGCACCUGAUGCAUACAAUAAUCAGAUUGAAUAUGAACACAGAGCUCCAGAGUGCCGUUUGGGUCUGAAGGAAGGCCGACCAUUCUCAGGGGUCACUGCAUGUGUGGACUUCUGUGCUCAUGCCCACAGGGACCUGCACAACAUGCCAAAUGGCAGCACAUUGGUGUGCACCCUCACUAGAGAAGACAAUCGAGAGAUUGGAGGACAGCCUAAGGAUGAGCAGCUCCACGUAUUACCUAUGUACAAAAUCUCUCCUGUGGAUGAGUUUGGGAGCACCGAAGGUCAGGAGGAGAAGAUUCGGAAGGGGUCCAUUCAGGUGCUGAACUCUUUCCGGAGGAAGGUGAGGAUGUUGGCAGAGCCAGUCAAGAGUUGCCGACAAAGAAAACUAGAGGCCAAGAAAGCUGCAGCUGAAAAGCUGUCUUCCCUGGAGAACGGCUCAAAUAAGAAUGAAAAGGAGAAGUCUUCCUCGCGCACAAAGCAGGUGGAAAGUGCAAGCCAUAUGAAACAGCUGCCAGAACAAUUGCGACUUUCGGGAUCUGUCAUCCAGCAGCCCCAGCCACUCCAGAGGCACCUUCAUCAAGCACAGCGGCCACCGCAGGCACAGCCACCUCAGCCACAGCAACAGAUCCUACAGAAUAACUCUCAGUCUGAGUCCAUCGGCUCUUACUCCACCAACCCAUACAUGAGACGGCCCAAUCCACUUAGCCCUUAUCCAGGCUCUUCACACACUUUGGAUAUUUAUGGAGAUACCAACCACAUGAACUGUUACCCCACCUCAUCUCAAACUGCAGCAUCGUAUUUGAGUCCUUCUGACCCCAUGAACCCUUACCCUGGGCUUUUCAAUCAGAAUAACCAAUACGGAGCGUAUCAGUGCAAUGGGAAUGUGUCCGUGGACAACUGUUCUUCUUACUUAGGUUCUUACUCCCCCCAGUCUCAGCCCAGGGAUCUGUACAGAUAUGCAAGCCAGGAGCAUCUGACCAAGCUGAACCUACCACCCAUCCACACAUUUUACCAACAGAGGUUUGGAGACGGUCCCUCUAAGUACUUAAGUUAUGGAAACCAAAAUAUGCAGAGAGAGGCCUUCAGCAACUGUACCAUAAAACCAAAUGUACACCACCUCGCAACCUUCUCUCCUUAUCCCACCCCCGAGAUAGAUGGCCAUUUCAUGGGAGCUGCCUCCAGAUUACCGUACAGUAUGAGCAAUCCACACACAGACUACAGAAACAGCGAGCGCCAUCCACCUUCUCAGACGAUCCACAGCUACACCACAGCGGCUUCGGGCAUGACGAACAGCUCCAAUCACGCCUUCCACAGCAAGGAGAAUGACAUGCUCUCCCACACAGCCAAUGGGCUAUCAAGGGUGCUUCCAGGGCUGAAUCAUGAGAGUACAGCUUCUGCCCCAGGUCUAUUACACAAUCUAACUGACAGCAGUCAGGAGAAGCAACCUGGGGCAGCAGGCCAGGGUGUGGCUUCUUCUGUGGAAGACAAUGACGAGGUCUGGUCAGACAGUGAGCACAGCUUUCUUGAUCCUGACAUUGGAGGGGUGGCUGUGGCUCCAACUCAUGGCUCGCUUCUCAUCGAGUGUGCGAAGCGAGAGCUUCAUGCCACAACACGGAUAAAUACUCCCGAUCGGGUCAAUCCUACCAGGAUCUCCCUUGUAUUUUACCAGCAUAAGAACCUGAACGAGCCAAAGCAUGGCUUGGCUCUCUGGGAAGCCAAAAUGGCUGAAAAGGCCCGAGAGAAAGAGGAAGAGUGUGAAAAGUAUGGACCAGAGCACGUGUCUCAGAAAAGCCAUGGCAAAAGGGUAAAACGUGAGCCCAUGGAGCUGCAGGAACCUUCUGAGCCCAGUUACCUGCGCUUCAUCCAGUCUCUUGUUGAGAAGACAGGGUCCCUGACCACAGACUCCACGGUGACUACAUCUCCAUAUGCCUUCACUCAGGUCACGGGGCCUUACAGCAGAUAUGUAUGAUGCUGUCCCUUACGCCGGAACACCAAGAACAACCUGUCAGUGGUAUAGCUCUCGCAGCAUGGGCAACAGGGACAGGUCAUAGCAUCCAUGACAAAUGCAGUGUGUGUGUGUGUGUGUUUGUAUGUGUUUGUUGGGGGGAGGGAUGUCAGCUCACCAGCAAAACAGGGAUUAUUUUUACCAUUGCACUUAAUCUCUACUGACUUCCCAAGCGGUCCCUGGUGGCAUUCAGGAAAAAGACCAAAGCAUCCUAUGCAAAGGGAAGGUGGGAAGAGAGUGCGCCACAGUUCAUAGUUUCGAAACCACUGGUUCUCUUAUUGGCUGAGGUCAUGUGCGUGAGCUGCUUCCCCAGCACUCCACACACAUGACCACGUCUAAUACCAAGUUUGCAUAGUCACGGGACACAGUACUGUAGCAGUACAGUUGCAGGAAUCACCUGGUGCUGAUCUAUGGUGUGCUGAAUACUGGAACUAUGGCUUUUGAACACGCAGUUUUUACUGUAAUCUUAAUAUUAACUUAUUUAUCAAAGAAGCUACAGGAAGCUUACGUGAAUAAUGGCAAAACACUGAAUUUGUUUGGGUGUUACAUGAAAUGGUGCUACAAAAAUGGUGUCUUUAAUAGCCGAAAAGUAAAUGCCUUUUUCACCAUGCUGUCGUCAGUGCAGUCUGGUGCCCUUAAGAACUGGGGUACCUUUCAUUUACAUUUCUGUCUUACUUACUUAUUCUUAUACAGCUUAGUUUUUUAAACGUGGACAUUUUAAAGGCCUCUGGAUUGUGCUCAUCCAGUGAUGUCCUUGUAGGACAAUAAACAUAAUGUGUACAUACACACAUUUUUAUAUGUGCAAAUACAUGUAUAUUGAAAUAUUUUAAGUGGUGUUUUAGAAGCACUUUGCCUACCUAAGCUUUGGCAACUUGAACAAUGCUAAGGUACUGAGACGUUUAAAAAAAAAAGUUUACUUUCACUUAGGAUUAAAAGUUUAUUUUUUUUAAAGGAAAGCUUUUAAAACAUUUGCUUCUAGCCAUGUAUCUGCUGAUGAGCAGUACUCGUUGCUGACACGGCCUGUGAAGUCCAAACCGAAGCUGAGUGGAUGUGUUAUUCCACAGAACACGUGCUUUCUGGUGCUCAUCUUACUGGCUAUAAUAACGGUGUGACGAGCUCGUGGCUUCUGUGUGUGCUGCUUGAUUCUCUGUUGGAUGCAGGCAAUAACUAGCUGCAUGCUACAGACCCAGCAGAGCUUGUCCACUGCAGCCCACGCUGUCUCGUGGAGUUGUAGGUGCUCCAGGACAGCAGGCUGCCUUCGUGUUCCUCAUGCAUUGCGAUGUCAUCUCUUUGCUUAAGUGUCCUCCUUACCAGGAAGCUGGAUUGGACUGAUGCCUGGGUAAGAUGAGCAGACAGGGUUAAGUCCAUGUGAAACGGUUGGCUACAAAACAAAGCAAAAACCCUAAACAAAAUAGGCAGCUGGUUUGCUGUGGUGAUUUUAAAUCAUAAAUUUGUAUAAAAAGACAAAAGAGUUGUAUAGUAAAUUAAAUUGUAAAACAAAACUUUUUUAAUGCAAUGCUUUAGUAUUUUAGUACUGUAAAAAAUUAAAUAUAUACAUAUGUGUAUAUAUAUAUUAUAUAUAUAUAUAUAUAUAAGAUUAAAGCAAAAUUCACAUCACGAUGGUGCUACUCAGACUGCUACACAUAGAUGCUAAUGUGAGCUAGAAUUGAUUAAAAGUUUGAGUGAUGUUCCUACUUGUCAUAUACCUCAACACUAGUUUGGCAAUGGGAUAUUAAACUAAGCGAAAGCUUAUAGCAUUGUAUACCACCAUUUUUUAAAAGUCUUUUUUUAUUAUUAUUAAAACAUACCGUUUUCAAUACUUGAUUUCUUAGCAAGUAUAACUUGAAUUUCAAACCUUUUGUUCUAAAAAUUCAGGGAUAUUUCAACUUGUUCUCCUUAUGCCAACAUGCCAUCUGUGUUUAUGUAAAGUUGUCAGUUAAUAUAUUUUUUUCAGGGAUUUAACUCUUUUAUUUUGAAUCCCUCCUAUUUUGCUUGUACAUGUACUGAUAACUGAAACUGAUUUUGUAAAUUUGUCAACUUUUAAUUAUAAAGAAAAGCAUUUUUUUAACGGUCUGGAGAGUUCUGAUGAUUUCUAACAAAGUAAAAAGCUUAAAAUAGAAUGCACUGACCUGAUAAAGGGAAACUUGUGAAGUCAAAGGUGAUCACAUGGCUGUUGGCCAAAUCCUCCAAGGUUUUUGAUCUAGUAAUGACUACAGGUUCAUAUCCAUGAGUGUCUCGAAACAGUCCUGGAAUCUGGUGGUGUGCCGGGCAAUAGGACUCUGUUACACUGUGGCCUAAAAAGAGUGUUGCUUACCAGCUUUUCAAAUAAAGGGCUCCAUGAUCAGUGGAGGAGACCUUUGUGAUUUACUGGUCACAUUUUGUCAUUAAAACUUUCAGAACGUCUGCUUUGCACACAAAACCCCAAGGUUAAUGGUUUUCCACACCAUGAUGUUGAUUCCACGACAUCGGCUUCUUGUAGGUGCGUUUGGCCAUCUUGAGCCAAUCUCCAUAAGGAAUGUUUGCUUUACAUGUCACCCACUGUCAUUUGUCAAACUGCUGGCCAACAGGAGCAGGAAGUGUGGUUGUGAGGGGAUGGGUCAUGUAGGACGAGAAGCAAUUAAAUGACAUCCAACCUCUCAGUUAAAUCAAAUGGAAAGCAGAUCAGAGAUUUGCUUCUAUAGGAAUGGGUUGACCACAGGGCCAUACUUGAAAGUGCUUCUGCGUGGUGUCAACAUUACUUGAAUGAAUUUUUCAUCUUGAUUGACGCACAGUGAUGUCUAGUUCACUUUACAAGGUAGUUGUUAACUUGUUAGGAAAAUCUUUUGCAGUUUGACACUAAGAUGAUGAUCUUCUGUGUGCAUUUUUCUAUGGUUUAUUUUUUUAACUUAGUUUCCUUCAUGAGAUGUUGGGUUUGUUUAUAAAAUCUGAGGGUGGUUAUAAAUACUGUAAGUAUUGUAAUGUUAUGCAGGCUAUUUGAAAGCUGUUUAUUAUUAUAUCAUUCCUGAUAA